CACAAUGAGUGUGUUCAUAAUAGCUUUCUUUACAUUUAUUACUACCUACGUUGCAUAUUUCUACUGGAAAGUAAGCAAAUAUCCCAAAGGACCGUUACCAUUGCCAUUUUUCGGAAACCUGCUUCAGUUUCCCGCCGAAAACAUCCAUUUGUAUUUUGACGAGUUGUCUCAAACCUAUGGACCAUGUUUCACAUUAUGGACCCCACUACCCGCAGUUGUUCUGACAGAUUAUGAUCAUGUUAAAGAAGCAUUUGUUACUCAAGGUGACGCAUUUAUCAACCGUGCUAAUCGUCCGCCAGAAACUCUCCUUCAGCCACAUUUGAAUACGGGCGUAUUAGGUUCUAGUGGAGACAACUGGAGGCUUCAAAGAAGAACGGCAUUGAAAAUUCUUCGAGAUUUCGGAUUGGGAAGAAACUUGAUGGAAGAGCAAGUUAUGCGAUCAGUUCAAGAAAUGCUCGCACAAUUAGAUCACAUACCGGACAAGCAGAAUGUUGACAUGUAUUGGCCAAUUCAACUUUGCGUUGGAAAUGUGAUUAAUGAGAGCUUGUUUGGCUACCAUUAUAAAUAUGAGGAUUCGGACAAAUUCGAAACUUUUGUAAAAGUUAUAAACAAACAUUUGAAAAUUGCACAAGGUAAACCUCAACUUUUAGUAUCUGCUUUUCCUUGGCUUCGAUAUGUUCCAAUAAUUGGAGAACUCGGAUAUCAUAAAAUUCAACGCAAUAUUCAAUCAUACCAAAAGUUUAUCGAUGAAGAAGUCGUAAGCCAAAUCAAACAAUAUGAUGGAGAAAGCGAACCAGAAAACUUUGUUCAUGCAUAUUUACAACAAAUGAAACAAAGUGGAAAUCCAAAUCUUGAUAUGAACAAUUUAUGCGCAUCUGUUCUUGAUUUCUGGCUUGCUGGAAUGGAAACAACCUCUAACUCACUUCGUUGGCAUUUGGCAGCAAUGAUGAAGUAUCCUGAAAUUCAAGAUAAAGUCCGGAAAGAAAUCUUUGACAAUGUAGGAACCGCUAGAUUACCGUCAAUGUCAGACAAACCAAAUAUGCCGUACACACAAGCUGUCAUACAUGAAGUUCAAAGAUUUUCAAAUAUGAUUCCAAUUUUGGGAACUCACACAAACAAAGAAGAUAUCCUGCUUAAAGGGAAAAAUGUACCUACAGGCACUGUAAUAUUUGCUCAAAUCUGGUCGGUUCUCAAAAAUGACUCAGUAUUUGAAGAUAGUCACAAGUUCAAUCCAGAUAGAUAUCUCCUCACUGAUGGAAAAACUUUCGACAAAACUAUUUUGGAAAGAACAAUCCCAUUCAGUGUCGGCAAACGAAAUUGCGUUGGUGAAGGAUUGGCUCGAAUGGAGCUUUUCUUGAUUUUCACAGCACUAAUUCAGAAGUAUGAAUUUAUUCCUAACGGCAGCAUUGAUUUGUCUCCAGUGCCUGGUGCGGUUCUGACAACAAAGCCAUACACGUGCCGACUAAUUCCACAAUCAGCUAGAAAAUUUCAAUUAUUUUGAAAAAAGCGUAACGGAUAUUUCUGUAAAUAAACAUUAUUUU